AUGGCUGGUGGUGUUUCAAGCAGAACUCGUAGCAAGAAGGUUCCACCGUUUCACAUUCCUUCGUUUGAUUCUUCAUCUUCAAAGAGAAGAAAGAAUGAUGAAGAUGUUAUGAGUUUAGAUUCUGCUUCUGGGUCAAAAAGAAAAAGGUUAAAAGAUGAAGCUUUUGUGUUUCCUCAGAAUAAGAAUGCUCAUGAAGUUAUUUUCAUCGAAGAAGAAGAAGAAGAAGGGUUUAAGAAGGAAGUGAAGAUUGAUGAGAGUGGAGGAAGUAGUGAGAUUGGUGAUAAUAAAGAUGGAAACUUUGUUGAUGAAAAGAUUGGUUGGGAUAGUGAAAAUCCGAUUAUAUGUUCAGAUGAGUCUGGUGAGAGUGAUGAUGAAGAACAGUCUGUUGGUUUUUAUGCUGCUGAAGAAGAAGAAGAUGAUGAAACUUUGAUUAUUUUUCAUGACAGUGUUUAUAAAGAUGAUGAUUCUGAUGAGAGUGAUGAUGAUGAUGAUGAUGAUGAUGAGAGUGAAGAAAACGAGACGAGCGAUGAGGAUUUUAAAGUUGAUGAACUGGAUGAGGUUUCUGAUGAUGAUGAAGAGAAAAAAAGAAUGACAAAAGAUUUUGAUGAACUGGAUGAGGUUUCUGAUAGACAAAGUGGAAUUUGUCAUAUGAAAAAUGAGAAGAAGGGUUCUAUAAACAAUCAUGAAAUUAAGGGUUGUUCUUCUUCAAACAACAAAGAAGAAUCAAAGAAAAAGAAAGCAAAAAGUGUGGAAAAAAAUGUCUCUGAUGUUUCCGAUUCUAUUGAAGAAAAACAGAAAUAUGGCAAACGAAGAUGGAAUAAUUCAGAGAAACAGAAAAAGAUGGAGAACAAUGGUUUGAAUCGAAGGGGGAAAAGCGCGUAUUUUACAUCGAUGGAUUUGAGAUUAGCCAAACUGCUUUCUGAAUCCUAUUCACACAAGAAAAAUAGCAUGAAGAAUGAUCCAAUUCUGCCGGAGGUUAAUCAGUGUGAUGCACGGAAACCACCGGUUUGUGUUGAGGCACCUCUGAUAUGGAGCCUAAAAAGGGUUCAAACAGUGGAACUGACCGAAGAGGAGGAGGAGGAACGGAGGAAGGAUGAAGCGUUAAAGCCCAUAUGGGAUGAAAUGGAAAUGUACAUUAACGAAUCAGAAGCUGAAUCCAAGAUUGGAUGUUUAUGGACAAAUGAAGCCUCACAAGGAAAUAACGGAAGUCCUUCAUCUCGCUGUGAGCAUGACAUUAUUUACGACGAACAGAUUGGUGAUUAUUGUGAAUCCUGUGGUAAAGUUAUUACUGAAAGCAGAUAUAAGACACAACUAGUGAUUGAUAAAUAUCCAUAUGAAGGGUAUGAAAAAAGAGCUUCAUCGGAGGGUUCUGAAAAUUCCUUACACUUGGAUUUCUCUCAGUCUCGCGUCAAUGUUUCCGAUGGUGAUUUAGACGCUAAUAUCUGUCAAAAAAAAGGCAUAAUUUGGGACCUAAUUCCUGAAGUGAGAGAAACUUUAUAUCCUCAUCAACAGGAAGGCUUUGAGUUUAUAUGGAAAAACUUGGCUGGAAAUAUCGAGCUUCAAAAGUUAAAGAAUGCCGAUCCUCUCAGUGAAGGUGGCUGCAUUAUUUCUCAUGCUCCUGGAACCGGAAAGACAAGGCUGACAAUAGUUUUCCUCAAGGCAUAUUUGAAGUUGUUUCCAAAUUGCUUGCCAAUUGUUGUCGCUCCUGCUAGUUUACUGCUAACUUGGGAAGAGGAAUUCAAGAAAUGGGACAUUGGAGUUCCAUUUCACAAUAUAAGCAAUUUAGAGUUAUCUGGUAAAGAGCAUGCUGAUGUGCUUAACAGAUUCGAUAGUACACGGCAUCGUCCUGACGAAACACGAAUAGUGAAACUUAUUUCGUGGUUCAAAGAAACAAGCAUUCUUGGAAUCAGCUACAAUUUGUACGGAUCAAUUUGCCAACAUAAGAAAGAGAAAAAUCUUGAAAGUGUGAAGGAGACAAAAGGAAACUUUGAUAUGCGAGAAGUUCUACUUGAAGCACCUGGUUUGUUAGUUCUUGAUGAAGGACACAUACCAAGAAAUCAAAGAAGUCAUAUUUGGAAGGUGUUGACGAAGAGUCAAACGCAGAAGCGAAUCAUCCUUUCCGGAACUCCAUUCCAGAAUAAUUUCUCGGAGCUUUACAGCACUUUGAGCUUAGUCAAGCCUUCCUUUCCUACCAUGAUACCGCCUGAGUUAAAAAGCUUUUGUCAUAAGAAGGGACAAACAUCAUCUAAACAAUGGGGAAGGGAAGCUGAUUCAGGCAAUAUAGAAAGAGACCCUUCUGAUGAUGAUAAGAUUGAGAAGUUGAAACUGCUAAUGGAACCCUUUGUUCAUAUUCACAAGGGUGCGAUCCUUGAAAAUAAGCUUCCCGGGUUAAGGGAAUGUUUGGUGACUUUGAAGGCAGAUAGUUUGCAGAAUGAUAUUCUGAAGAGUAUUAAACGUUCUCAGAACAAAGUAUUUAACUUUGAGCGUAAGAUUGCAUUGGCAUCUGUCCAUCCAUCUCUUUUCCUUAAAUGUCAUCUUUCGAAAGAAGAAGAAUCUUUACUCGACAAGGAUAAGCUAAAACAGCUUAGAAUGAACCCACAUGAAGGUGUCAAAACAAAAUUUGUGUACGAGUUUGUUCGGCUGUGUGAUGCUUCCAACGAGAAAGUCCUUAUUUUCAGCCAAUUCCAUGCUCCUUUACAAUUAAUUCAAGACCAAUUAAACUCGGCUUUUAACUGGUCUAACGGAGAAGUGCUGUUCAUGUCUAGCAAUGAUUCUACAAAGGAUAAGCAGUCCAUAAUCCACCGCUUCAAUGAUGAAAAUAGCAAAGCGAAGGUUCUGCUUGCAGCUACAAAAGCUUGUUCCGAGGGAAUUAGCUUAGUUGGAGCUUCAAGGGUGGUGCUUCUUGAUGUUGCAUGGAAUCCUUCGGUCAAAAGACAGGCUAUCAGUCGAGCAUAUAGGAUUGGACAGAAGAAGGUGGUAUACACAUACCAUCUUCUCGUUGAAGGGACUACCGAGGCAGAAAAAUAUGGCAAACAGGCCGAAAAGGAUCGGUUAUCAGAGCUCCUUUUUUCAGCUAAAAAUGCCACCGAUAAUGAUGUGUCCAAGCGCUGUGCUGUGAACUUUGAAGAUGAAGUCCUUGAUAAGAUGACCCGACAUGAAAAGCUCAUGGACAUAUUCUUCAAUAUUGCUGCUUCUUUAGAGAGUUGA